CGAAUUCAAUACUGUCAGUUAUUGUAGUAUUUUUGUAAUAUUCGUGUCAAUAUUUCAUAAACAAUAUGUUGUACACGAUUAUAUCAAUGGAAAUUAAGAAAUAGUUACAACAAUUCAGAAGUCAGUUCUUAGAACCAAAGUCGCCGCCAUCUCUAUUUGUGUUUAUCUCUUCUGAUUAAUUUCUAAAAUGUCGGGCGAUCACAAAACCUUUUUGAAGGGGAGCCCUUCACAGUAUGUAAAGUUAAAUGUGGGAGGAACUUUGUUUUAUACAACGAUAGGAACGCUGACUAAGAGUGAUAAUAUGUUGCGAACAAUGUUCAGCGGCAGGAUGGAAGUACUUACUGAUUCCGACGGUUGGAUUUUAAUCGACCGGUGCGGCAAGCACUUCGGUACUAUAUUGAACUAUUUGCGCGAUGGAUCAGUGGCAUUGCCGGAGAGUUUCCGUGAAACUAUGGAACUGCUCGCCGAGGCUAAGUAUUUUUUGAUCGAGGAGCUAACAGAAGCUUGUCUGCAAGCAUUAAAUAAGAAGGAACGAGAUGCUGAACCCAUUUGCCGAGUACCUUUGAUUACUUCACAAAGGGAAGAGCAAUUGCUUAUAAUGUCCACAUCAAAGCCUGUGGUGAAGUUGCUGAUUAAUCGCCAUAACAACAAGUAUUCUUACACCAGCACUUCAGAUGACAAUUUGCUUAAGAACAUUGAACUGUUUGACAAGCUCUCUCUGCGCUUUAGUGGUAGGGUGCUUUUUAUCAAAGAUGUCAUCGGUUCUACUGAAAUCUGUUGCUGGUCUUUCUUUGGUCAUGGAAAGAAAUGUGCUGAAGUUUGCUGCACAUCUAUUGUUUAUGCUACUGAUAAAAAGCACACAAAGGUUGAAUUUCCCGAGGCCCGGAUUUAUGAAGAGACAUUGGGCAUUUUGCUUUAUGAGAGCAGAAAUGGACCUGAUCAAGAUUUGAUCCAAGCGACUUCAUCUCGUGGAGCUGUUGGCGGGCUUUCUUGCACUAGUGACGAGGAGGAGGAGCGCUCAGGAUUGGCCCGACUCAGGUCCAACAAGCAGAAUAAUCAAUCUUAGCGGUUACAGUCAGGCUUGGCCCGCCUACGUAAUUCAAAGAGGACAAACGUCUGAUACACAGCUGGCAACGAUUUAUCGUUUUGCUGGCCACCUUGCUACAUUCUGUAAUCUUUUACAGUGCUAUAGACCCUUACGCUGAAUUUAAAACGUGUUUCAAGUGUAGGUGGCAUUUGUGACUAAACUCUGAUGAACUAUUUACCUAUAUUUACCUAAUGUGUCUACAUAUCUAUGAUGUAUUUAAAAAGUUUGAUGUAUCUUAAAUAUAAUAUAGAUGUAGUUUAAAUAUAACUAGUAACAUGUACUUCAUAUUCAAAUUUGUAAUGUUAUAAUUGUUCUUCGUUCACAUUUAAUGUUCCACAUGACAUUAAAAUGUGUAAUUAUGUGCUUUUAAAUUAUCUAUGUGCAUAUAUAAAUAAGUGAUCGUAAGUGGAAAACAUGCAAAGAUCAAAAUGAAAUGUUAACAUCAAAAGAAGGUGAUAUUGGUUAAAAUGUAUUAGUUUAUUUAUGAAAUAUUGAAAUUUGUCACAUAUAUUUAUAGCAAAAAUUAGUGUACAUAACUUGUCGGAAUUCAAAAUGUUAUUCGUAGUCAAAUAGAUUGUAUAAAAUAAACAUUAAAGUACAUAGUAUACAUAGUAUGAAAUAUUGUAGAAAAAUUGCAUGUAAUAAAUUUAUAUUGACUAUAGCUCAAAUAAAUUGCCAAAUUGAUGUAUCAACUAUAUUAAGACUUAGGUGCAAUGUUUGUCUUGAAAAUGUUCAUGAUUGCCCUUAAUUUAAUGAAAUUUGCAUUACAUUUCUUUCUUUGUAUAAAUUUAUUUUUCGAAUCAUUUUAAGAUAAAUUACAAAAUUGGUUAAAACGUAUUUCGUGUUUUAUAGUAUUUUUAUCUUCAAAUUGUUAUAAAAAGUAUUUAGUAUUGUAGUAAAACAUGUGUACAUUCUAUCAAGAAAAUCUUUGAGGCUAUUGAAUAAUAUAUUCUAGAAUUAGAUUAGUGGGAAACCUUAGAUUGUGAAUAGACAAAAAUAGUUACUUUCUAGCCAAUAUAAAUGUGACAUUUCUAACUAUGUCUAAAAUUCACCAGUUCCAUUGAAAUAUGAUUUAUAUACCCUAUUUGUUCAUUAUUAUUGACAUUUCCUAUCUAAGAUCUAAAAAUUAGCUAACUGUAACAUUGCUUGGGAGUUUAUUUAUACUUGAAAAAAUAUAUGAUCUUUGUUCCUACAUUUGAUGUAUUUUAUGGAAAUUAAUAAUUUAAAUUGUUUGGUAAUAGCAAUUAUCAACUCUGUGUCACUACAAAUCUGUGUAACCUGCCCCCUUAGACAUUUAGCUGUUUAUUUCCUAAUACACAAUAUAAGAAUAAAAUUUAUUAAAGUAAAGUAGCAAGAAUAAAAUUUCCAAAAGUA